AUGGAUGUGUCACAGUUUCUGUUUUGGACCAUUCUCUCUGCAGCUACCUUCUGCUCAGUCAAGUCACAGAUAAAUGUCUGCAGGGAAGCAUCAGUUGCAGAUGUCGUGUUCCUGGUCGAUUCUAACCUAACCCCAGAAAAACUCCAAAAUGUUCAAGACUUCUUGUCGACAUUGGUCAAUGGCCUUAACCUUGGCAGAGAUCAAAUCAGAGUUGGCCUGGUCCAAUACAGCAACACACCCAGCACAGAGUUUUCCCUCAGUACUUAUCAACACAAAGAAGAUAUACUGAGGCAUAUCCAGAGAUUGACGUUCAAAUAUGGGGAUGCCCAAACUGGCCGGAGCUUGCGCUUUGUGCUAGAAAACCUCUUCCAGGAAAUGACAGGAAGCCGGAUACGCCAAGGGGUCCCCCAAAUUGCUGUGCUAAUCACAGAUGGACCAGCUCAGGAUGACAUCAAAGGGCCAGCCAGUGCUAUCAGGAAGGCAGGUGUCCUGCUGUACACCAUUGGCCUCCAAGGUGCUGUUCUUUCUGAGCUCAGGGAGAUGGCGAGCGAUCCUGAUGACAAAUUUGUCUUUAUGGCAGCUGAUGCCUCCCUUCUAGGUGAUCUUUCCCAGAAUGUGUUGCUGGCACUCUGCACCACAAUAGUGGAAGUGACUCAACAGGGCUCCCAAGUCUCUGCAGCUUGCAGAAAAGCAGCCGUAGCUGACCUAGUAUUCUUGGUGGAUAGCUCCACGAGUAUUGGCCCAGAAAACUUCCAGAAAGUGAAGAGCUUCCUCUACUCCUUGGUUUUGGGCCUUGAGAUCGGCAGGGACCAGGUCCGAGUGGGGCUGGCCCAGUUCAACAAUAACAUCUACAAGGCAUUUCUGCUCAAUCAGUUUCCUCUGAAGAGCAAUGUGCUGGAGCAGAUACUGAGUCUCCCCUACCGGCCUGGGGGGACUCGAACUGGCAGUGCCUUGGACUUUCUCAGGACUGAAUUUUUCACCGAAUCAGCAGGCAGCAGAGCCAAGGACAACGUCCCCCAGAUAGUGAUCCUGGUGACGGAUGGGGAGUCCAAUGAUGAGGUGGCAGAGGCAGCCAGCAGACUGAAGGAGCAAGGGGUCUCCAUCUAUGUGGUGGGAAUCAAUGUCCAGGAUGUCCAGGAGUUGAAGACAAUAGCAAGCAAGCCCUUAGAGAAGUUCCUUUUCAGUAUUGAAGAUUUCAAUAUCCUUGAGGGACUCUCUGGCAACAUUCUUCCUACCCUAUGCUCAGCAGUAGAGAAUCAGAUCCAAGCAUUCACCAAGUCCUAUGCUGAUGUGGUCUUCCUUGUGGAUACUUCAGAGGGCACAUCAUCAACCAGUUUCAAUCAGAUGAAAAAUUUUAUUUUCAGAGUCAUUGACACAUUGGAGGUUGGGCAUGACAAGGACCAAAUUGGGCUGGCCCAAUAUGGUCACCAGGGUCAUGUUGAAUUUUUACUCAACACCUACCAGAACCCAGUUGAGAUGAUCACCCACAUCCAGCAGAAUUUCCUCCCCCGAGGGGGUGCCAGGAAGACGGGAAAUGGCCUUCAGUAUUUACAGGAGACUUUUUUCCAGGAGAAGGCAGGAAGUCGCUUCCUCCAGGGCAUCCCUCAGUAUGCAGUAAUCAUUACCUCUGGUCAGUCAGAAGACUUGGUCUUAGAAGAGGCUCAGAAGCUAAAGGAGAGGGGAGUGAAGAUAAUGGUGGUUGGCAUACAGGAUUUUGAUAGUAGAGAACUGAAGGUUAUGGCAACUCCUUCUCUUGUGUUUGAGAUUGAAGGACAAGAUGGCAUUAGGAAACUUCAGCAGGAUGUGAAUCUGGUGUUUGAAAGUUCUGGCCAGCGGCACCUCAGUCCUAAGAUGGGUGAAGAAACCUUAGCAGUGUGCACAAGUGCUUCCUUGGCCGACAUUGUGUUCCUUGUUGAAGCAUCAAGCAGAAUUGGGUUAGAAAAUUUCCAGUUAGCUGUAGAGUUCCUGGGGAAAAUUAUUCACACUCUAAAUAUUGGCCCUAGCAAGGUUAGAGUUGGCUUGGUGCUUUAUAGUGAUGAGCCGAGGCUUGAAUUUGGCCUGGACACAUUUCUGAGCCAAUCAGAAAUCUUAAGCCACUUGAACAAGUUGCCAUUCAUAGGUGGCAAGACUAAGACAGGAGCUGCUUUGGACUUCCUCAGGAACACAGUAUUUACUCAACAGAAGGGAAGUCGGUCCAGACAAGGAGUACAACAACUUGCUGUGGUCAUCACAGAAGGCUAUUCCCAAGAUGAGGUGGGCAGGCCAGCUUCUCUCCUCCGACGGGCUGGGGUCACUGUCUUUGCUGUGGGCACUUUGAAAGCUUCAGGAAGCAGAGACCUGAACAGAAUAGCAUCCCACCCACCUCGGAAGCAUGCCAUCUACCUGGAAUCAUUCCUGCAGCUCUCAGGGAUCAGGGAAAAGAUAAAGAAACGUGUAUGCACAGAGAUCGUGCAGAAAACCUUUUCAGUUCCAGUGAUGACGCGUACCCUGAAAGAAGGUUGUGUUAGCACAGAGGAAGCCGAUUUCUAUUUCCUCAUCGACGGCUCAGGCAGCAUAAACUAUGACGACUUUGCAGAAAUGAAGACGUUCAUGAAGGAGCUGAUAGGCGUGUUCCGGGUCGGCGCAGAUCGAGUGCGGUUCGGGGUUGUCCAGUACUCGGACUCUCCUGUAACCGAGUUUGACAUCAGACAGCACACCAGCGUGGCCCAGCUGAAGACGGCCAUCACCAACAUCCAGCAAGUCGGAGGGGGAACCCGUACGGGAGAAGCCCUGAAAUUCAUGAAGCGCCUUUUCUCCGAUGUGGCCAGGGACAAAGUCUUGCGUUUUCUCAUCGUUAUCACGGACGGGCAGUCUCAGGACAAAGUGGCCCAGGCGGCCGAGGAACUGAGGCAGGAAAACAUCACCAUCUAUGCCAUUGGGGUCAAGUCUGCCGUCACCAAAGAGCUCCUCGAAAUCUCUGGCUCACAAAAUAGGAUGUUUUUUGUGAAUGACUUUGAUUCCUUAAAGCCUAUCCAGCAAGAAGUCAUACAGGACAUCUGCUUCUCAGAGGUGUGUAAGGAUAUGAAAGCAGACAUUCUCUUCUUGGUUGAUGGCUCUGAGAGAAUCAACCCCAGAGACUUCGACAAGAUGAAGGAAUUCAUGGUGCAGAUGGUGAACAAGUCAGAUCUUGGCUCUGAGAAAGUACAGAUUGGCCUCUUGCAAUUCAGUUCAAGCCCCCAGGAAGAGUUUCGUCUCAACACAUACUACUCCAAGGUGGACAUUCUUAGGGCCAUCACUGGUAUGGUACAGAUUCAAGCAGGUGCCCAAAUAGGGAGUGCCCUAUCCUUCAGUUUGCCUUACUUUGAUGGGUCAAGAGGAGGAAGACUUAAUGUACCCCAGUAUUUGGUCAUAAUUAUUGGUGGGGAAAUGGAGGAUGCUGUGAAAAUGCCAGCUAAGGCUCUCAGAGAUAAAGGAAUCAAUAUUUUUGCCAUUGGGGUACAUAAGGCCAACAACUCCCAGCUGCUGGAAAUCACAGGCGCCCAGGACAAGGUGUAUUAUGAGGAUAACUUUGAUUCUCUCCUUUUCUUGGAGAAAGAGAUAUUUUUUAAGUUCUGCAAUAUGGAGGAGGCUUGCAAAAAGACAGAAGUAGCAGAUAUUCUAUUCUUGGUGCAUGCUUCUAGUGGCAUCACCAACCAAGAACUCCUAGCCAUUCACAGACUCAUGGAAGCCAUUAUCAAUGACUCACUGGUUGGAAAGGACAAUGUGAGAUUUGGGGCUAUUUCCUAUAGUGACAAUUCAGAAGUACUUUUUUCAUUGGAUACCUAUAUUACCAAAGCACAGAUUAGAGAUGCUGUUUUCCACUUGAAACCGAAGGUGGGAAAAGCCCGUACGGCCACAGCUUUAAAAUUUGCCAAGGAAAUGUUUUCUGAGAUGCAUGGAGGUCGCCAAUCCUUGGGUGUCACUCAGAUCUUGGUGCUCAUUACCAACAAACCAACUGAGGCUGGAGAAAAAAAAUACCUACAAGAGUCAGCACAGACUCUGCAAGAAGCUGACAUCGAUGUCUUUGCUAUUGGAAUAAAAAAUGUUAAGAGGCCAGAACUUCAGGCUAUCACGAAGCAUCGGGAUCGGUCAUUCAUGGUGCAGAGUUAUCAUGAACUUUACAAUUUGCAUGAAAAAGUGACUCAUAUUAUUUGUAAUGAAUCAAAACCAAUUUGUGGUCACCAGGAAAUAGACCUUGUGUUUCUAAUUGAUGGAUCCUUGAGCAUCCAUCCCCGAAACUUCACUGCUAUGAAGACCUUUAUGAAACAGAUCGUGAACAGUUUUACUAUCGGCAAAGAUAGAGUCCGCAUUGGGGUAGCUCAGUACAGCACUAAUCCUCAGAAGGAAUUCUACCUGAACACUUUCUACUCCAGCGCAGAAAUCAACCAACAAAUUGACAAAAUAACCCAGUUGAGAAGUCAAACAAACACUGGCAAAGGGCUGAGGUUUGUGAAGAGUUUUUUCGAACCAGCCAAUGGGAGCCGGAAGGACCGGCACGUGUUACAGAGCCUGGUGGUCAUUACUGAUGGGAUGUCCAAUGAUUCCGUGGUGGAAGCAGCAAAUGACCUGAGAAAUGAAAAAAUCAACAUUUUCUCCAUUGGUAUUGGCGCCAUCAACCUCUUCGAACUUCAGCUUAUUGCUGGCAAUGUGGAGAGGGUAUUUGUGGUGGGCGACUUUGGACAGCUGGGCAGUAUCGAGAGGAAGGUUGUCAGUGAGCUCUGCACGCAGGCUGAUAUUGUUCCUGAAUGCAACAUCGAUAUCUCAGUAGGACUUGACACUUCUAAUUCAAUAAGGCUGGUACAGCAGAAAUUUCAGCACGUGCUGCCAAACUUGAUGCAAAGACUGACCCUGCUAUCCAACAUCAGUUGCAUGGCCAGCUCUCCACUCAAUAUCCGGCUACGCUAUCAUAUUCCUGCUCCUGAUGGCCAGCUUUGGUUUGACUCUGGUUUUGAGAAGUACAACGAAGGCAUCAUCCAGAAGUUCUUUGACCAGCAUGACUUGGUGAACAACUAUAUGAAUGUAGCUUUUGUGCGGUCCCUUGGGGAGAAGGCUCUCAGCUUGACUUCUGCUAAAGUGAAGGUUCUCUUAGUGUUUACAGAUGGACUGGAUGAUGAUUUGGAAAGACUAAAAGAAACUUCAGAGUUCCUUCGUGGCCGAGGUCUUCAUGCACUCAUAUUAGUUGGCUUGCAACGUGGGCAGAAUUUAGAAGAACUCCAGGCCAUUGAAUUUGGCAGAGGAUUUGGUUAUAAACAACAUCUGAGUAUCACAAUGAAUGGUCUUCCAAGCCUUUUGCUGAGGCAACUUGACACAGUUGUUGAAAGAGAAUGCUGUAAGGUCAAUUGCAAAGUUUUGGGAGAAUCUGGUAACUCAGGAGUACAAGGGAGCCGUGGGAGGAAGGGAGAGACAGGUCUUAAUGGGAUGCCUGGCUAUCCUGGUGAUGAAGGUGGAUCUGGGGAAAGAGGAUUUAUUGGCUUGCCUGGACCUCGUGGUGAUGGAGGAUGCCCAGGUAUAAGAGGGCUUAAGGGAUCAAGAGGAUUUGUAGGAGACAAGGGCAGUCGGGGUGAUAACGGAAUAGAUGGGUGGAAUGGAGAACAGGGUGAACGUGGCAGUUCUGGAAUGUCUGGAGAAAAAGGAAAUGCAGGAAAUCAGGGCUUGAGGGGGCCCCCAGGAGAACCUGGCGAACCUGGAAGUCUUGGUCUGAGAGGAGAUCCUGGAGAACCUGGUGCUGAUAAUAAUAUUCGUGGUCGUAAGGGAGAAAAAGGAAAACCGGGUCGCCAGGGAAAAUUUGGGCUCCGUAAUGAAGGAGGCAUGCCUGGUGAACGAGGUUCUAAUGGGUCGAGAGGUAGAAAGGGCCUACCUGGUCUGAAGGGUUUGCCUGGAGAAAUUGGUACACAUGGUUACAGUGGAGCUCCUGGGCGUCCAGGCUUGCAGGGUCCAAGAGGCCAGCAAGGACCACCAGGAAUGUUUGGACAACAGGGUUUACCGGGAGCCCAGGGGGGUCCCGGGCCAAGUGGGCCAGUUGGUUCUAAAGGGGGUGAAGGGCCAAGAGGAGAGAAGGGAGAACUUGGUUUCCCAGGAGAAAGUGGCCUCAGAGGACCAGAAGGACCAAGAGGGCAGCCUGGUUUAGAUGGUGGUGAUGGGUAUGGCCUUCCAGGAAGAAAAGGAACUAAGGGUGAAUUUGGCUUCCCUGGAUACCCUGGUGUACAAGGGGAAGAUGGUGAUAAAGGCCAACCAGGAAACCAGGGACCAAAGGGAUUUCCAGGGAAGAGGGGAAAUUCUGGCUUGCCCGGGCCAGAAGGAUCACCAGGAGAUCCAGGGCCACCUGGGCCAAUGGGCACCAAGGGAUCGAAGGGUAUUACGGACAUGUUGCCUUGUGACAUUGUUGACUUCGCACGAGAAAAUUGCCCUUGUUCAUCAAAUAAAGCCCAAUGUCCAGUGUUCCCCACCGAGGUGGUCUUUGCUCUGGACAUGUCUGAAGGUGUUACAGAGUCAGAAUUUGAGAGGAUGAGGGACAUUUUGCUGUCAUUGCUAAGACGGAUCAGCAUCAGCCAAAACAACUGCCCCACUGAUGCCCGGGUCGCCAUUGUUUCAUACAAUGCCAAAACACAUUACCUGAUUCGCUUCUCCGACUUCCAGAAUAAGAAUCAACUCCUUCAAGUCAUUAUGAACAUACCUCUAGAGCAGUCCUUGGGCCAGCGGGACCUUGGCAGUGCCAUGAGUUUUGUGGCAAGAAAUGUCUUCAAACGUGUGCGCAGCGGCAUCCUCCUGAGGAAAGUUGCCAUAUUUUUUGUGGCAGGUCCAUCCUCUGAUGUUGCUUCCAUUAACACAGCCAUGCAGGAGUUUGACGCCCUGCACAUUUCCUCCGUUAUCGCCUUCAUCGAUGACCCUCUCCUACAACAUGCUUUGUCGAUUGAUGACACCAGGAAGUCCAAGAUGUUUGUUUGGGAAAAUAAGGAUGCUGAGGCGGUGGAGCAUGUAGCCUACUGCAUUUUUUGCUAUGAUCAGUGCAAAGCAGAUGAGAAAUGUGAAGUGACCAGCCCUCAGCCCAUCCUGGUGGACAUGGACAUAGCCUAUGUGUUGGACGGCUCUCCCGGGGUCACAGGCGAUGUGUUCAAUGCAGCUAAAAGCAUGAUGGUCUCCAUGCUGAAUCACUUUGUCAUUGCUUCACAUCCCGAGACCUCCUCUGCUGGGGCCAGGGUUGCCCUGGUACAGCAGGCGGUCCCAGGCUUUUCCCCUUAUGAAGGCAGGCUCCCGGUCAAAAAGGAGUUUGACCUCCUCAUGUACAGUCACCCAGAGCAGAUGCUGAGACACAUACAGGAGACUGUCCACCCACUCCAAGGGCCCCCUUACCUGGGUCAUGCCCUAGAGUGGACCCUUGAGAAUAUCUUUCUGACAGCUCCCCUCCAGAGGAAGAACCGGGUUGUGUUUGUGAUCCUGGGAAGUGACACAAGUCCCUUGGACAGGGAGAAGCUGAGCAGGAUCUCCCUGGAAGCCAAGUGUGAAGGCUUCAUCUUUUUUGUGGUUGGCUUAGGCAAAGAAGUCAACAUGGAAGAGUUGUCCAAGCUGGCCAGCUUCCCACCUCAGCAGCAUGUACUGCACCUGGCUGAGAUUUCCCAUUAUGGAAUGGAUUAUGGCCAGGGGUUCAUCCGUGCCUUCCUCAACCUUCUGAAAAGGGAAACAAAUCUAUACCCACCUCCUACACUUGUAGAGGAUUGUGAGGGACUGCAUCGAGGAGACACCCGGAGACAGGCAGCCUUGACUCAGAGGCUGAACUUUAUCAGGUUCAGGUUCAAUGAAUCGGACCCCAGAAAUCAGAAGUUACUCAAGAUGAAGGGCUCUUCUCCAAGGAUGAGGGGAAGAACUUCUGAAAUCACCAAAACUGGUCAAGAAGCCAUCGAGUAUCAUCAUAGACAUGAAGAAAAGGUCAUGGAAGCCCCACAAAAGACGGAAGAAACUGGAGAUGAAAACACUGUCUUUGAUCCUUGUUCCAUGGCUAAGGAUGCUGGGGUAUGCCAGGACUAUGUCUUAAAGUGGUACUAUGAUCGGGAUCAGCACACCUGCCAGAAGUUCUGGUUUGGCGGCUGUGGUGGCAACCCAAAUCAAUUUGAUACCAAGCAAGACUGUGAGUCCUGGUGUGUGCUAAAAACCCAGAGAUGA